AUGGCUCCCAGGGUCAUUGUCGUCGGUGGUGGAUUGUCCGGUCUCAGUGCCGCCCACACCGUUUAUUUGAAUGGUGGAAAUGUCCUCGUUUUGGACAAGCAGAGCUUCUUCGGUGGUAACUCUACAAAAGCUACAUCCGGUAUCAACGGUGCUCUCACCCGAACACAGACCGAUCUCGGUAUUCAAGACAGCGUCAAACAAUUCUACGAAGAUACCCUCAAAUCCGCUCGGGACAAGGCUCGUCCUGAUUUGAUCAAGGUUCUGACCUACAAGUCUGCUGCGGCUGUUGAGUGGUUGCAGGAUGUUUUUAACCUUGAUCUUACUUUGGUUUCUCGACUUGGUGGUCACUCCUUCCCUCGUACCCACCGUGGUCACGAUGCCAAAUUCCCCGGCAUGGCCAUCACAUACGCCCUCAUGCAACGAUUAGAAGAAUUGACCGAGUCUGAGCCCGAGCGUGUUCAAGUCAUCAAGAAGGCGCGCGUCACCGCCGUCAACAAGGAAGGUAACCACGUUACCGGUGUUACAUACGAACUCAACGGCGAGACUCACACUGCCGAUGGUGUUGUCAUCUUGGCUACUGGUGGUUACGCUGCCGAUUUCACCGAAGACUCCUUGUUGAAGAAACACCGUCCCGAUACCUACGGUCUGUCCAGUACCAACGGUACCCAUGCCACUGGUGACGGUCAGAAGAUGUUGAUGGCUAUUGGUGCCAAUGGUAUCGACAUGGACAAGGUCCAGGUCCACCCUACUGGUCUCAUUGACCCCAAAGAUCCUACCUCCAAGUGGAAGUUCUUGGCUGCCGAAGCUCUUCGUGGUGAAGGUGGUCUCUUAUUGAACUCGGACGGUGAGCGAUUCUCUGACGAGUUGGGCCACCGUGACUACGUGUCUGGUCAGAUGUGGAAGGAGAAGGAGAAGGGCAAAUGGCCCAUCCGCUUGGUCCUCAACAGCAAGGCUUCCAACGUCCUUGACUUCCACACUCGCCACUACUCUGGUCGUGGAUUGAUGAAGAAGAUGACCGGAAAGGAAUUGGCCAAGGAGAUUGGCUGUGGUGAAGCCGCUCUUAAGAAGACCUUUGAUGACUACAACCUUAUUGCAGAGGGCAAGAAGAAGGAUCCCUGGAACAAGAAGUUCUUCCACAACCUUCCUUUCAGCAUCGAUGACACUUUCCACGUUGCCUUGAUGGAGCCCGUCCUCCACUUUACCAUGGGUGGUAUUGAGAUUAACGACAAGGCUCAAGUCUUGAACUCUGAGAAGAAGCCCUUUGACGGCCUCUAUGCCUGUGGUGAGUUGGCCGGUGGUGUCCACGGUGCCAAUCGUCUCGGUGGUUCGUCUUUGCUUGGUUGCGUUGUCUACGGUCGUGUUGCCGGUGACAGCGCCAGCCAAUACCUCUUCCAGAAGGUUUUGUCAGGUGGUGCUUCCACUGCCCAGCAGCGUCUGGGCCAAAUUUCCUUGCACAUUGAUCCUUCCACCCCUGGAAAGAUUUCCGUGGAGUGGAACGGCUCUUCUGAAGGCAAAGAUCCAGCCUCUGCUCGUGUUGAAGCUUCUACCGCUGCCGCAGCUCCUGCGCCCUCCGCCCCCUCCAAGUCUGCCACCCCCGCAGCGAAGGAUGUCUCUGAAUUCAAAGUCCCCGAGAAGGAAUUCACCAUGGAAGAAGUCGCCAAGCAUAAUAAGAAGGAUGACCUCUGGAUUGUUGUCAAGGGUGUUGUCAUGGACGUGACCAACUGGUUGGAUGAGCAUCCUGGCGGCGCACAAGCUUUGUUCAGCCACAUGGGUCGUGAUGCCUCUGAAGAAUUCGAGAUGCUUCACGACGACGAAGUCAUCCCCAAAUACGCCUCAGAAAUUGUCAUUGGACGCGUCAAGGGCCAAAAACCUCGUCUCGAAUUCUAAAAAAAGAAAAAAUUAAACUUUAUAAAAAUCCCACCAAAACAAUAGAUGGGCAAGACUUUUAUUCUAUGUAAUGAUGGAUAUUUAUUCAUUUAAAGGAGUCUAGCUAUCAUGUCUGUAUAUUUAUGAAUGGAUCAUUUCAGUCUCUUGCUUAAGUAUCAUUAUACCUAAUCGUACCUAGCUAUUUUAAGUAUGGUUAUAAACGAGCCAUAUGCCUCAAAAUCAUCUUCAACCUCUUCACAGCCGGUCCAUCCUCAUCUUCCUUUCCGGCAGCCUCCUUCUCUUUGAUUUCAGCAGCCGCAGCCUCCAAUGCAGGUCUGAGAUACCCCCAAACAUCAUCGGAAUACUGCUCAUCGACAUGUACCCAUUCCUCUGCGCCGACAAGGUUUGUGAGUACCUCGUCUCUCAAAUUUUCGUCGCUGCUGAUUCCGUGAUUGGUGUCCAUGUGCUGGGAUAGGAAUGAGUCGAUAUCUGGAAUUAAACUGUAGGGCGUUAUUCUCUUCGUUUUAUUUUCUUCUUGAUUUUGGGUUUGGUGUUGUAGGCGAAAAGAUUCGAGAAUUUUUAGUUCAGCGGGUGAUAAGCCCGGAUCUAUAGGGAAUCCGUCCAUGUCCAAAGGGUCAUCAGCCCCGAAAGUGAAAUCGUAGCCGUCCAUGUUCUGACUAUCCUGAUCGUCCCAUGUACUCAAUCCAGGCUGAAAGCUUGGAUCAGAGAGAAGAGAAACUACUUCCGCUC